GAGAUCUGCUUUUAUCAUUUUAAUGCACAGUUUUCUCUUAGCCAGCUGUGGAGAGCUGAACCAAGCAGGACAAAAACUUUUCUACUCUUUUAUAAAAAACUUUUAUACUCUGUAAACCUUAUUCAGCGUGUGUGUGUGUGAGCGGAAACUGGUGAUGGAGGAGUUCAUGAAUUUGAAGAACUGACGGCAUCAAUAUGGCUUCUUCAAAUCAGCCUGCAAGACAGUAUGUCAGAGAUGCUCGUGAAAACCUGGUUGGACGGCUACAAAACCUGCCUCUUAUUGUUGAAAAACUUCACCAAGAGAAUGUUUUCAAUGGCAAUGAAGUUAGUGAAAUUGAGGCAGAACCAGAAAAGUACAAUAAAACCAGGAAGAUACUGGACUGGGUCUUCAACAAGGGUGAGGAGGCCUGUUAUAAAUUUCUCAGAAUACUGGAUCGUGAGAGGAAAUCGGUUUUGCCAAAAACUCCUGAACUACAUACAUGGAUUUGCUUGUUCUCCUUUAGAGAUGAGGCUGAAGAUCAUUAUAUUCAAGGACCUGUCUCAUGUCAUCAGCUGCAGAAGGAUUUGAAGACAAGAACAAAAGAAAAUCAUGGUCAACAGUGGAAGCAAAGCCUGCAGUUCUAUGGAGGAAAAGUACAAAAAAACUUCACCUUUAUUCCUCUGGUGUUGGAUACAGACACAGAAAAGAAUACACCCCAUAACAAAAUCAUGCUCAAGAGAAAGAAAUCUAAAAAGUCCCGUUCAAAAAAGAUGAAGGCCUACAUACCAAGAGACACACGGGGAAAAUCCCCUGAAGAUUUGCUUAAUAGCAGGGAGAAGAGUAUCCUCAUAGUAGGAAAACCUGGAAUUGGGAAGACAGCAGUUGUUCAACAAAUGUUGCAUCACUGGGCAGAGAGACAUGACAGAAACCUUGAUUUUGUGUUUUACUUUGAUGAAAGCACACUGCCAAAUACCUCAACUAUAGUUAGCUUAGAAAAUCUUCUGCUUAGCACAUUUUUAAUGUCAAAUCCACAGCUUAAAGAAAGUGUUGAAGAAAUUUCACAAUACCUUCAAGAAUAUUCUGAAAGAGUCACCAUUGUUUUUGAUGGAAUCAGAGAUUUGAGGGACAACAAGAUUUUGCUGGGGAUCAUGAAACAUGAACUUCUGCCUGAAGCAACGAUUGUUGCAACAUGUAGGCCUGAAGUAGAGGAUGAGUUCUCUGACUGGCCAACAUGCAGAGUCUACGUUCAAGGUUUCAGUGAAGAGUCAAUUUAUGAUUUUUUUAGGAAAAUAUCAGAUAAUAAUCCAGACUUGGUAGACAGUGUGAUAAACAAUCCUGCACUCUUCAGUCUCUGCCAUGUCCCUAUGUUUGCUUUUAUGGUGGCAGCCUGCAUUGCAUACUACACUUCUGAAGAAGCACAGAAGCCAUGCACAGCUAGUGAGCUGUAUGUGCGAAUUUUUCGUCACUGUCUACAGAGACAUGGAAAUAAGAAAUUGCCGGAAUUAGAUGGACACAUUAAAAACUGCAGAGACACGGUGUUAUCUUUAGCAGAGAGUGCUUUCAGUGCAACCAAGUUAAAAACGAAUAACCUGGAGUUUGAUUAUGAUGAGAAAGGCAUUACUGGUGCUUUCUUGAAGUCAGUCUCAGAUGUGUCACCAGCAUUUGCCAGGACAUUUUGUGCAUUUCUUCACAACACAAUGCAGGAAUUUUUUUCUGCUCUCUGGCUUUUAGAAAAAACAGAAAUACUUGAUGAUGUACUCCAUCUGUGCCAGAAUGAAGACAGUAAUCACAUGAAGCAUGUAAUUCCUUUUCUCUGUGGACUUCAAUCACAAACCAACGUUCGUCUUCUGAAGUGUCUCUUUCCAUUGAACAACGUCAAGAAAAACAUUGAUGGUUUCUUUGAGAAGGUCUUAAACACUUUCCUCUGUGGUCAACCAGAUGAUGAAAAUGUUGCCUUCAUAUGUCAGUGUCUGUAUGAAUUUCAGUUACCUGAAAGCUGCUGCUCAUUUCUAGAGAGAAUAAACUAUCAUCUAGAUUUGAGUGAGGAACGUCUCGACCCUUACACAUGCUGUGCUGUGUCCUAUGUAAUCAGCCAAUCCAGAAACAAACAGGUUCAUCUUGAUUUGGAGAACAGUGCUGUGUCUCUCUCAGGGCUGAAGACAAUUCUCAAACAUUCACAAUAUCUAAGUGAUUUAUCAACAACACUCUGUCAGGUGUGGACAGUUUCCUUGAAACAUGAGCAGUUGGAUUAUUUGAUACAGCUCCUGCAAUUACUGGGGCAUGAGCUCCACCUUCUGAUGAGCAGUGAUACAGGCGUGCUUGAGCAAGCUGUAAAAAUCAUAACCCGAAGUGCAGAACAAAUAAAUCUCUAUCUACACUGUGAUAAAGACCCACACCAGCUCACAAAUGAUCCUUACAACACAGUGUUCUCGUGGCUGCCACACAGCGGCUCUCUCAAGUUUGACUCUAAAGAGGGAGACAAAGAACAAGAAAAGAGAUGGAGAACAUUUAAACUGGAUUUGUGUCUGCAAGCAGUUCUACACCAACCACAAAACAUCCAGCAAACAGUGCAGAAAGUGAUCCCUUAUAAUUAUAAAGAAGAGAGUGAUUUCCUGCUGGAUCUGUGCUCACGUGUGAAGCAGUAUGAGAGUGACACAGGCAGAAGUGUCCUUCCAGCAUUGCUGCCAGUUUACCAGUCAGUUCCUGAAGUCUGGUCCAUAAAGCUCUCAGAGAGAAAAGCCUCCCUCCUCCUAGAAGUGCUGAAACUCCAAACAGAGAAGAAACCAGUGGAGCUGAGAGACUGCUCAGAUGAAGAGAGUGAAGUGAGGAGUUUCCUUCAGUGUCUGCCCUACAUCUCACAGCUCUGGUUUAAAGAGUUUGACUCUAAAGAGGGAGACAAAGAACAAGAAAAGAGAUGGAGAACAUUUAAACUGGAUUUGUGUCUGCAAGCAGCUCUACACCAACCACAAAACAUCCAGCAAACAGUGCAGAAAGUGAUGACAUAUAACUAUAAACAGAAAGUGAUGCCAGAUAUUGAAUAUUAUGAUGAAGACGAAUAUUAUGAAGAACAGAGUGAUUUCCUGCUGGAUCUGUGCUCACAUGUGAAGCAGUAUGAGAGUAACACAGGCAGGAGUGUCCUUCCAGCAUUGCUGCCAGUUUACCAGUCACUUCCUGCAGUCUGGUACAUAAAUCUCUCAGAGAGAAAAGCCUCCCUCCUCCUAGAAGUGCUGAAACUCCAAACAGAGGAGAAACCAGUGGAGCUGAGAGACUGCUUAGAUGAAGAGAGUGAAGUGAGGAAUUUCCUUCAGUGUCUGCCCUACAUCUCACAGCUCAGGUUUAAAGACUUUUACUUUACACAGGGAGAGAAAGAACAAGAAAAGAGAUGGAGAACAUUUAAACUGGAUUUGUGUCUUCAAGCAGCUCUACACCAACCACAAUACAUCCAGCAAACAGUGCAGAAAGUGAUGACAUAUAACUAUAAACAGAAAGUGAUGCCAGAUAUUGAAUAUUAUUAUGAAGAUGAAUAUUAUGAAGAACAGAGUGAUUUCCUGCUGGAUCUGUACUCACAUGUAAGGCAGUAUGAGAGUAACACAGGCAGGAGUGUCCUUCCAGCAUUGCUGCCAGUUUACCAGUCACUUCCUGCAGUCUGGUACAUAAAUCUCUCAGAGAGAAAAGUCUCCCUCCUCCUAGAAGUGCUGAAACUCCAAACAGAGAAGAAACCAGUGGAGCUGAGAGACUGCUCAGAUGAAGAGAGUGAAGUGAGGAAUUUCCUUCAGUGUCUGCCCUACAUCUCACAGCUCUGGUUUAAAGAGUAAGUUUUUACAGUUUUCUCAGACUUGCUUUAGUGCUCUGUGCUCCACAGCUGAUAAAAGCCCUGUUUUUGUUUUGAAGUGAAAUA